AUGGUCCAGACGGAGAACCUGAAGCUAGUUGCACUGGGCAACCCCCUGCUUGACAUGCAGAUCCGCGAUGGUGAAGAGGUGCUGAAGAAGUACAACCUCAAGGCCAACGAUGCAGUGCUGGCUUCGCCGGAGCAGCUCGGCAUUUACCAGCACCUCGUGGAGAACUACCAGGUGACCUACGUGGCUGGUGGUGCAGCCCAGAACACUGCGCGUGCUGUGCAGUACGUGCUGCCACCGGGCUCCACCGCCUACCUCGGCUGUGUAGGCAACGAUGAUCUGGCGCAGCAGCUGCGCUCGGCCAACGACCGUGAGGGUCUGCAGUCGGUGUACCAGGUGGUCAACGACACACCAACCGGCUCUUGCGCUGUGGUCAUUACUGGCCAUGACCGUUCUCUGUGCACCAACCUCGGUGCGGCUGAGAAGUUCAGCCCCUCGCACCUUGAGUCGGCGGACGCCAAGGCUUGCAUUGAGGCGGCUAAGUUCUUCUACAUCGGUGGUUUCUUCCUGACCCACGGUGUGGAGAGUGCUUUGACCGUUGCGAAGUAUGCUAAGGAGACGGGCAAGCCGUUUGCGUUCAACCUCUCGGCGCCGUUCAUCCCUGAGUUCUUCAAGGCGCAGGUCGACCAGGUGAUGCCCUACGCAGAGCUGGUCAUUGGUAACGAGACGGAGGCCACGGCGUGGGCCAAGGCGUCAGGUCUUGACACCACGGAUCUGCAGAUGAUUGCGCAGAAGAUUGCUGACUCGCCUUCGGAGCUUUCGAAGCCGCGUACAGUGCUCAUUACCCACGGUGCCGAGUCGACCAUCCGCGCUGUGCAGGGCCAGUCGGAAGUGAAGACCCACCCUACGCCCAAGGUGGACGCUGCGAACAUUGUGGACACCAACGGUGCUGGCGAUGCGUUCGCUGGUGGUGUGAUCGCUGGCCUAAUCCUCGGCAAGUCGAUUGAAGAGGCAGUGGACGUGGGCCACCGCCUCGGCGGCAUGUGCAUUGGUCAGGUCGGCCCUGUUCUCAAGUUCCCGAAGGAGAACGUGGUCUAA